UCCGUAUAAAAAGGGGUUUGUCGACUCGUAUCGAUGCAUUACACUCUAAUUGCUUAAAGAACAUUACCAUCCAGCAACAAUAUGAAGUCCCACAUUGUUUUGGCUUUGACUUUGAUGGCUUUAGGGUCCUUGGCUGAGAAAUCAAAAGGACGAAAAUCCUUCCUAAUACCCUCGAAUUCGAAGCUCAGGCAAAUAGAUAUCGAACAUUUGCUGCAAAACCAGAAUGGCUACGACCAAUAUGACGACUUUGAAGAUUCAUUUGGUGGAAAUAUUGAAUCGGAACCCAUGGCUGCAGCACCACUAGCUAAAGGCCUUAAACCUGAUUCAUCCAGUGGUAGAUUGUUCUUCAAGAAAUUCUUCCUCAUGGGAAAGCAAAAUCCAACACCACAAUUCAUAAUCAUCACCCAGAACCCUGGACUUCCAACGACUCCGCCUUUGACUGAUACUGAUCCAACUUCGGUUUCUUUGAAUUUCACCGGUACCGGUACAGUUAUAACAGAACCCGUCGACGAAAGAGAUUUCUCGGACGAUUAUAGUAAUGGUGAGGAUGAUUUCUACGAGGAUGACAUCGAAGAUGAAAAUACCAGCGCUAUAAAGAAGCAAUACACCAAUUACAAGCUGGUCAAGGGCAAGGCCGCUAAUAACAACAACAACAACCAAAACCAUCAGCAAGGCCUUCGAAUUGUGGUUCCAUCAAAAUAUUUGCGCAAUUUCCAAAACAAACGGAACUCGAUUGCCAUGAAUCCUUCCACCACAUACAAUGGCGGCAGCGGCGGUGGGGCUAAAGUCAAAAAGUAUCUUUUGAGCAACAAUGGCAAUGGAAAUGUCAAGAGGAAACGAACCAACAGGAAACCAGUGCGUCGAUUUAUUGUUAAACAAAAUUAAGUCUUUUGGAUUGUAUCGAUAAAAGCAAUUAAGGGGACAGUAUGUAGUUGAAGGACUUCAUAGUUUGUUCCUUUAUGGGAGAUAAAUACAAAAAGAAAUGUUUACGAAUUAA